AAAAGCUGGCAAAGAAAAAUAAUGAAAUAAAGGAAGAGAGAAAGAAAUUGGAGAACAGAUAUACUGAAAUUGCAAUCCCCUCCCUCCGUCUGUCUAACAGCGAUAUCAAUCCUCUCCUCCGCCAUAAUUGCGUGCUAGUUGUUUGAGUAAACGGAGGAGCAACGCCUCCUUAUCUUUCCCUUUUACUUCCUUAACACUCCGACUCCGUCAGUCAGAUCUCGUCACCUCUCCCUAAUUAAUAUUCUUAAUGAUUCGGUUUAGGGUUCGCGAUUUCCAAAGCUCCUGCCCCUCCAAUUGUAUGAAGAAAAUGAUUACAAUACAUUAUUAUUAAUUAACUCACUCAUCAAGGCACAAUUUUUUCCUUCUGGUUGAUUAGUUAUUUUCCUUGCUUGCUCACGAUGGCUGAAUUACUGCCAAUUUACUUUAGCAUUAUUGCUUUCUUUUGCGCCUUGGGAGCGAUGGCUUUGGCUAUUUUCCACAUCUACAGGCAUCUUCUGAAUUACACUGAACCUACUUAUCAGAGAUACAUUGUCCGCAUCAUCUUUAUGGUCCCGGUUUAUGCAUUGAUGUCCUUCUUGUCCCUAAUUUUUCCAGAGAGUUCAAUCUAUUUCAAUUCCAUUCGUGAAGUUUAUGAAGCUUGGGUCAUUUAUAACUUUCUGUCCUUAUGCCUGGCUUGGGUUGGCGGCCCUGGAGCAGUUGUGCUAAGUUUAAGUGGGCGGGCUAUGAAGCCAUCAUGGUGUCUGAUGACUUGUUGCUUUCCUCCCGUUCCAUUGGAUGGGCGUUUUAUCCGGAGGUGCAAGCAGGGCUGUUUGCAGUUUGUGAUUCUGAAGCCUUUUUUAGUUGCUGUUACACUCAUACUUUAUGCAAAAGGAAAAUACAAGGAUGGGAAUUUCAGUCCUAACCAAUCGUAUCUGUAUCUCACCAUUAUAUACACAAUCUCGUAUACAAUGGCAUUGUAUGCUUUGGCAUUGUUUUAUGUGGCAUGCAAAGAUCUGCUUCAGCCUUUCAACCCAGUUCCGAAGUUUAUCAUCAUCAAAUCUGUUGUUUUCUUGACUUACUGGCAGGGAGUUCUGGUUUUUCUUGCUGCAAAGUCUGGAUUUAUAAAGGAUGCAGAGGAAGCUGCUCAGUUUCAAGAUUUUAUUAUAUGUGUGGAGAUGCUUAUAGCUGCUGUUGGUCAUCUUUAUGCAUUUCCAUACAAAGAGUAUGCUGGUGCGAAUAUUGCUGGGUCUUGUGAUCUGACACGCAGUCUUGCACAUGCCCUGAAGUUGAAUGACUUAUACCAUGACACUGUUCACCAGUUUGCACCUACAUAUCAUGAUUAUGUGCUCUACAACCAUACUGAGGGUGAUGAGGGAACAAGAAAGUAUCGCUCGCGAACCUUUGUGCCAACUGGCCACGAGAUGGAUGCUGUGAGGAAAAACAAACUCGUAUUUGGAAACAAGAUAGACGAGAUUCAGCUAUCCAGUCAGUCUUCCUCCGCCACAAGCACACCCAAAAAUGAUACCUCAGUGCUCAAUUCUGCACAUUCUGAUGCAAUGAAAUCUUCCCUUCUUGUGGAUUCUUCUAAUUCUGUAUCUGCACCAUAUGACAUGUCACUUAUUGACAUGGACUUCUCCAAUUACCCUGCAAAAGUUGCUGCUGCAAAUGAAACUAGUAGGUGACAAGAAUGGAGGGACUGAAACAAAAGGGUAAGAUAAGUACCCUUAAAGCAAAGAGUUGAGGAAUAUGAGGUUGUCUUUCUGCUUCAGGAAAGAAAUGUGUGCUAUCAUUGGUGUCAAUUUCCUUGAGAGUGUUUCAUAGCCCUCAGUCCUCUAUUUUCAUUUGGUUUAAGCAUUUCACUGCUUCAGGCUUCUCUAUUGUUGCCUGUUUGUCCAUGGUUAUCUACCUUUGUUGCCUAUUCUGCUUUGUAGAUACAGAACUUUUAGACGUCAUACUUGAGACAUUAGAGGUCACCAUAAAAUUGGCUGAAUUGUUUGUUUACCCUUCAAAUAUCAAUGAUUGUCCACCCUGCUUCCACUUGUGUUCAAGAUAUGGAAAUUUUAGAUUUCACGUUUGCAAUUUCCCAUUUGCAACGUGAAAUUGCGUUUUGAUUCUUGUGAA